AAAGCUAACUAUAAAGGGUUUGAACUACUGCUUUUGUUAUUGUUAUUUAAAAGAUAUUAUGUUGCACUUAAAAGGAUGCAUAUUAAAAUAAUGAGGUUAUUGUUAGAUAAUAUGCUAAUUGGUAACACGGUCAAAGGUCAGGGAUAAUAUUACUGUGCUUGUUGGAUGAGUUACAAUUUAUUCAUGCAUUUUUGCUAUUAUUGAACAUUGAUUUUUAAAUAUGAUCAGCUAUUCAUGCAAUGUGCUUAAUAUUACUGGGUUGUUUUGAAUGUUUGUGAAUCAAAUUAUUUAUCUAUUAAAAUUCAUAAGUCAGAUCAGGACAAGAUAUAUGGAUAAAUAUGCAGGAGAAUGGGCUGCUGUAUAAGAAACACUAUUGCUUUACAUAAAUAAACAUUAUUGAAUUGGUUUUCAGGAGAAAAUUCAAUUAUUUAUUAUGCAUGAAGACCAUAAUAUGAAAUAAUAAGACUUUAUGUCAUUGACGCAAGGAAAAUGAUAAAUAGUAAAAAGGACAUAUAAACUGAAUAAUGGAAACAAUGGAAGUGUGAAUCUUGGGAGGAAGGUUUGAAAACAGGUAAACAUUGGAGUGCCAAAAUUGUCACUGGAGUUGAUUACAAGGAAAUUACACCUGAGGAAUAAGGAAAAUAAACUACUGUGCACAAAAUGUUGUCCAAAAAGCUUCUUGUGAAAACGGACUCAAAUAUUGACAGUUACGAUGUGCCAGAAAAAAUGCGUAACCUUACGGAAGAGGAUUUUAUAAAUAAAGCUCGGGCUGGCAGAAAACGGCACAGCGUACAGUUGGAUAGACGGGUAUCACAGCAACUGCUGGACACUACAAAGUUUGACCGGAGGUCUAGUAAUGCUAGCUCCUGCAGCAGGAGUGGGGACUCGCUAUCUUCGUACACAGGCAGUUCUUCAGAGGAAGAAGAUGAGGCCAACCCCAGAGACAAACAACAGAAAAACUCCAAGGGUUCCACCGACUUCUGUGUUAAGAACAUUGACCAUGCUGCGUUUGGCCGAAGGGAGAUCGAGAUUGCUGAGCAAGAGAUGCCAGGCCUCAUGGCGCUGCGUAAACGUGCGGAAAGUGACAAGCCGCCACUCCAGGGCGCCAAGAUCAUCGGCUGCACGCACAUCACUGCACAGACUGCUGUUCUUAUAGAAACAAUGGUCCACCUUGGAGCGUCCGUGAGAUGGGCAGCCUGCAACAUCUAUUCUACACAGAAUGAGGUUGCGGCGGCCUUGGCAGAGUCGGGAUUCCCGAUAUUUGCAUGGAAGGGGGAGUCGGAGGAAGACUUCUGGUGGUCUAUCGAUAAGUGUAUCAACGCGGAUGGCUGGCAACCCAACAUGAUCCUGGAUGAUGGUGGUGACGCCACCCACCUGAUGUUAAAGCGUUACCCGGCCCUGUUUAACAUGGUGAAAGGUCUCGUAGAGGAGAGCGUAACCGGCGUACACCGUCUCUACCAACUGUCCAAGUCUGGCAAACUCACUGUGCCAGCAAUGAACGUCAAUGACUCUGUCACUAAGACAAAGUUUGACAAUUUGUACAGCUGCAGGGAAUCUAUCCUAGAUGCUCUUAAACGGACAACAGACAUCAUGUUUGGCGGCAAGCAGGUGCUUGUGUUAGGAUACGGAGAGGUUGGGAAGGGGGUUACCUCCGCUCUCAAGGGGCUAGGGGCCAUCGUCAUGGUAACAGAGAUUGACCCCAUCUGUGCCCUACAGGCUAGUAUGGAAGGAUUCCGUGUUGUACGUAUUGAGGAGGUGGUGAAGAACAUUGACGUGGCCAUCACGUGCUCGGGAAACAAGAAUGUGAUUUCCCGUGCCCAUAUGGACCGCAUGAAGACAGGGUGCAUUGUUUGCAAUAUGGGACAUUCCAACACAGAGAUUGACGUGAAUAGUUUACGCACACCCGACCUGACGUGGGAGAAGGUACGAUCCCAGGUCGACCAUAUCAUCUGGCCCGACGGCAAACGUAUUAUCCUCAUUGCCGAGGGUCGUCUUGUGAAUCUGAGUUGUUCCAGCGUCCCUUCCUUUGUUGUGUCCAUAACAGCUGUCACACAGGCACUAGCAUUGAUAGAGCUAUUUAAUGCCCCGGCUGGAAGGUACAAACAAGAUGUCUACCUCUUGCCCAAGAAGAUGGAUGAGUAUGUAGCGUUGUUACACCUGCCCACGUUUGACGCCCACCUGACAGAGCUGUCAGAUGAACAAGCCAAGUACCUGGGACUUUCCAAGACCGGGCCAUUCAAACCUAACUACUACAGGUACUAAAGCAUUGAUUGUGAUAGCUAAACUAACUCAACAAGAAUGCGUCAUAUCCUGAGGAAGGAUACACACCACUGAUAUUGGGUUACAGUCAACCAACAUUAGACAGCAUUCACCAAGUUUCAACAGUUUUCUCCACACUUGUUUUUGGACCUCAGGCAUAUCAUGUUUCAAACCCAACAAUAUUUGUAAUUUCCAGACCAUGCUUGAAUAAUACAUAAAAAAAGUUCAUAUAUAAAGGAAAAAAAACUUUUUUUCUUAGAAACAUUCCUUGUUGAAUAGAAUGUCUAUGAGAAUGUGAUAUUCACUUGAAUCUUAUUAGUAGCAGUUACUUUAUUCUCUUGUCAUCUGUAUAUUCAUUUUUUUGAGUUCCAAUAAUUGUAUGCACAUAGCUGUAUAUGGGUAUGACAUAUUUAAAAUUAUGCAAAGUAGACACAUUGUUCAUGUAUUGAUCAAUUAGUGUUGUAGUGUGCGCACAGUCUGUAUCUGUAUAGUGAGACACAUUCUUCUAGCUGUACUCAAUACUGGCUUCAUAUAUCUUCCAGUCAAAAUGUGUGCCAAGAUAUCUCAUUAAAAUCUAUCAUGUAGAAAUUGGUAGUUUCCUCAUAUAUAUUUGAAAAAAACAAACUUAUUGUUACAUAAGUAAUAAAUGAUAGUCAAGAACAAUAAGCUGGGGUAUUUAAAUUGUUAUAGCUUAAAAGUGAAUCGUUAUUCAUAUGUAAAUGAAUCAUGCUUCAAAUUUAUAGGUUGCCAUUUUCAUUUGGUUUCAUAUCUCAUUCAAAGUUCUUAAAUAAACUGGCUGAAAUGGAAAUGACAAAUUAGCAAUUGUUCACGUUACACAACACUCCGACUGGACUUGUAACAAUAGCCGUUGUCUUUGUGUUAUGUUAGACCGAAAUAGGUAACACGACAUUGUGUAGUUGACAUUCAUGUCUGACACACUUCCAAAGUCAGUUUUAUUUUGAAGAUUUGCCAUUAGGUUCUGAUGUUAUGUGCUCAAAUAGCUAUAACAAGGGAUGUCUAAUUUUACAGUGAAAUAAUGGAGGUUUGAGGUGUCAUACUAGAACACUAGGUCGUACUAGGAAUUCACAUCAAAUCUAAGAUUUUUCUUAACUUAAAAUACAUUGACUCAGGUCAAUUGUUUUUUUAUGGAUACAUUUUUUUAAUCUGGUAUCUUAUAAUUAAUUUUCACCUAAGAUAAAUUCCUUCACAUUGUUCCUUGUCAUGCAUUUUGAGUUCUGACAUUAUUAGUUUUUCAUCUGUAAAUAAAGUCAUUAUAGAGUUUAAUAUAAAAGUAUACUGUGUUAUCAACCAAGAAAUUUUGUAUUUUGAAAUUUAGUAUUGGUUUUGUGUUAUAAUGAUAUUUUUUGUAAAAGUCAGUGAAUCAUGUUUAUCUAAACACACUCAAUUGAUUUUUGAGUCCAUUGAUUUUUUUGUACAUGACCUAAUUAAUUAACAAUAAAUAUUGGAAUUUUAUUAUGUAGCUGACCUAUAUAAAAAUGUUCAUAUUAUAUCAAUCUUUGGGCGGACAUACAGGGAAUAAUUAAUCAUGUAUUCUUUAGGGGCAAUGAGAUAGGGAUUUUAAUUGUAAAAAAAGGUUUAUUCGCCUAAAAUAAAGAAAUAAGGGUUCCUCAUUGAAGUGGAAAUUUGAAUCUGUUGAUAAAUAUAAAGAUCAACAAUGGAUUUAUUUCACAGAAUGUAGAACAAGGGACCUGUCCGCUUUAUGAACAGGUCAUGCUAUGGAUAUUGGUGGUUUACAUUCAUGAAGUGAGACAGGCCCAUUUCCUAUGUAACAUAUACCGUCAGUUUAUUUUUCCCUUUAGGCUAUGUCUGCACAGGAAUUCUUUUUGUAUUCGGAAUUUCAAUAUUUAUUAUAUGCUGUUAUGUAGUACAAGAAUUAAUUUAUAGAUCUGUUUUAAAACUGUUUCAUGAAUCAGUUUUUGUGAAUCGUUGAUUGUGAAUCAUUAAAUGUUCGAUUUUGAUAAAAUUAGUUUGUUAGCUGCCCAUACUUAACUUAGUAUUCUAAAGAGCAAAUUUUUACUGACCUUUUUCACUCAAUCAGUUUUAAUGACCAUAAGGGAAAGCUUGUGAAAAAAUACUGUGAAUUCUUAUCCUUGUUUAUCAUGCGUAAUACUGUUGUAUAAAAACACUGCAAUAAUCCCUUGUGAAGUGAUUUAAUGAAAUGGUUUUGAAGGUAUAUAUAAUCAUGUUGUUAUUAUCAUAUAGCUGUGUUAUUUGAGAAAUGAAAAACGCAUAUGGUGAUCUUCUGUGUUCAUUAAAAAGUUGAAACAUUCUAACUCCAGAUGCAUAUGCUCUGUUAAAAAAGAUUAAUAAAAGUUGAAAACAA